AGUCACAUUUGAAGUUUGCUGACUUUGUAUCCCUGGGCUGAAAAAGAAAGACAUCCGAAAAGGAAAACGUGCUUUGCCAUUCAACAAACGUGCUACAAAGAACUGGCUUUUUGGAGGAAACCUCGCAUUCUGUUUUAUUUCUGAUCCUUGUUUGCAAAGCAGUCAGUUGUUUGAAUUCUGAAAGAUGAAGGUCUGGAGAGAUGCUGGACUUACCUAUAUCCAGUAUUCCAACAUUGCUGCCCGUGUUGUGCGUGAAGCCCUACGAUCGGAGCUCCGUGCCGAGGCCGCCAAGCGCAACAUAAGCCAUGUGCAGUUUACUCCAUGGGAGAACGGAAGGCCCGUACCACGCAAGAAGACGGAACCCAAAUCUUAAAUGCUUUUGUGGACACGUGGAAGAUUUGCAUCGCAAAU